ACGAAGUCGUUGGUUUGCACAAGAUGACUCAAGCGGAACGCAUAGAUUUGUUUAGCCUGCCACUUAAGUCGGCUCCUAUGCAGGAGCAGGGUCAACACCGGCUGGUCCUGGUUCCGGAUCAUGAUCGCCAGGACAUGCAGUUCCCGGACAUCUGGCUGCGCGAUAACUGUCGCUGCGAGGAGUGCUAUUUGCCACAGACUCGCUGUAGGUUGCCCCAGACCUGGGAAAACCUGGACACCAGUAUCCGGGUUCAGCGCCAGAGUGCGGAUGCGGAGCAAAAGGUCCUGUACAUAGAGUGGUCCGAUGGCCAUGCCUCCCAGUAUCCGUUCAGUUGGCUAAGGGAGCGGGAUUUCUCCUCCGCAAAUCGCCGGCGUUACCUGCGCGAAUUUUACCGACCGGAGCAGAAGUUGUGGAGUGGUCGGGACUUUGAGGAAAUCCGUAAAGUUUUCUUCUACAAGGAGCUGAUCAGCUGUGAUUCGGCGCUGCAGCGAUGGCUCCACCACUUGGCUACGUUCGGAGUGGCUCUGGUAAAGGACGCCCCCCUGGAAAUGGAUGUCCUGCGGAGGUUAUCCUAUCGGGUGGGCUUUAUGAGGCGCACCACCUACGGGGAGGAAUUCAGCGUCCGGGCUCAGCCAGGAGCCAGCAACUACGCCUAUCUGGCAGCCCCUCUUCCUCUCCACACAGAUAUGCCCUACUUCGAGUACCUGCCCGGAGUGACCAUGUUGCACACCCUGGAACAGUCUGCCUCCCCGGGCGGGGUCAAUCUCCUGACCGAUGCCUUCUACGUGGCAGAGCUGAUGCGGGAGCGAUACCCGGAGCAGUUUCGUGUCCUCUGUCAUACUCCUGUGGAUUGGGCGGACAUCGGAAGCGAAGGCGAUCUGCAGUUCCACAACAUCUGGAGGGCACCUGUUAUCAACUUGGAUGCCCAGGGGCGGUGUGUGCGCAUCAACCACAGCAUUCCGCAGCGCGACAGCCACUUCAGCGUGCCCGUGGAGCAGGUGCGUCCAUGGUACGAGGCGAUGGCCACCUUUCUGGGCCUGGCGCGCGAGCACUCGAGCAGAUUCAAGACCACGCCCGGCGACGUGCUCACGUUCGACAAUCUGCGCCUAGUCCACGGGCGAACCGGCUACGCCGACACGGACCGCAAUGUGCGCCACAUCCUGGGCGCCUUCGUCGACUGGGACAUCGUGUACUCGCGGCUGCGGGUCCUGCGGAGAGCCUGCUCACCUGACGCCUCUUAGACGUCAGCCACAUGUGUUUUUCAUGGCCACAUUAAUUAGCCAUCUAUCAAUGCCAAACACUUUGAUUGACACCGCAAGUAGCCGUAGAGCUAUUCGAAUUAUUAACUUUAAUUGGAAUUUAUCCUUUUAUUGACAUUUUGAAUAAAUGUUGUUUUAAUGGGUAUACGCCUUUGACGAAUUCAAUGUUAA